AUCUUUGCACACACAUUGUGCACCUGACAAAUUGGAACUGAUAAGAUUUUUGACGCAAAUUAUGCAUAUGGAAGCCAUGCUUAGUUGGAUUUAAAUCGGGUGACUGGCAUUCAAUAAGUUUCAGUUUUUUAGCUUUGAAAAAUUCCCAUGAUGCCUUAGCAGUAUGAUUAUAAUUUUCAAAAGUUACCUUAGUGUGACUUGUUAGCUUUUGUCUUGAUGAUGCGGCUUGCAGAGAAAUUCACAAAAACGGGUACUUGUGUACUCACGUAUAUAAUAAUAAUGAUGCAAACGAUAGUGUGUCAUCCGAUAGCAUAAAUGGGAGAUGUAUUUCAGUCGUUUUACUAGUUUUACACAUUCUGGAUUUAUCAUAGGGGGGAAAAGGCGAUCCAUGACCCUUGUGAAAUUGGAGAACUACACUUCCCAUGACUCCCACUAUACCAAAAAUGGAGACUUGCAUCUACAAGUCAUGAUCCAGCACACUAUAUAUAGAUAUUUAUAUACACAUAUGAACUCACCAAGUAACCGAAUGGUCACUAUUAAUGUGUCGCACGGAAAUGGAAAUGACAACCACUAGGCCUGAGUUUUUCGGAAAUCUAGGGCUCUGGGCGGGCCGGACAGAGCUGCACCAGAUAGCGUCGCUCGGGAACGCGCUGCAGCUGGAGCGGCUGAUCGAUGGCGGCGCCUCCGUCAACGCUGUCACCGCGGACAAUAUAACACCACUCCACGACGCCUGUGCAGGAGCACAGCCCCAUUGUGCUAAGCUUCUCCUUGCUGCAGGAGCGCAGGUAGACAUCAGGACCAUCCACGGCAGCACACCGCUGUGCAAUGCCUGUGCUGCCGGCAGCCUUGAGUGCGCAAAGCUUCUUCUGGAGCACGGAGCCUCCGUUAACCCUUCUCUCACCGCCCUGACGGCCUCGCCGCUCCACGAGGCAUGCAUACGUGGCGACCCAGACUGCGCCCAGCUCAUGAUCGCAGAAGGUGCCCAUCUGGAGGCUUUUGACAUCUAUUUCGGGACACCGUUGCAUGCGGCGUGUGCCAGAGGGAAUGUGGACUGUGCCAGAGUGCUGCUCAGCGCAGGUGCCCGUGUGAAUGCUGCCAGCUUCCAUGAGACGGCGCUCCACUACGCAGCUAAAGUGGGGAACGUAGAUCUGAUCCAGAUGCUGGUGGAAUUCGGGGCAAACGUGUACGCCCGGGACAACCUGGGCAGAAAGCCCAUCGACUACACCAGGCCCGGGUGCCCCACAGCCGUCUGCCUGGAGUUUUAUGAAAGCAACCCACUGAGUCUGCAGCAGAUGAGCAGAGCCUGUUUGAGGAUGGCACUGGGUACGAGGGCCCAGGAGGCUGCAUCCAUACUCCAGCUGUCACAGCGUAUCAUUGACUACCUGUGCUACAGAUGAACACCCAUCUGGAAGUGCACCCCAUGGUUUAAAUCAGGGGUUCCCAAACUUUUCAGCUCACGACCCCCAAAAUAACCGUGCCAGUGACUCGUGACCCCCACUAUCCUCGGAAGUGGUUAAAAUAUACAAAUGUUGCGCGCAACGGUGCACAUGCGCCAAUAAGCCUAUCCAAACAUGACCAUGAUAACACGAAAGAACACAAUGGUCUAACAACAAUAUAAUUUUUUUAUAGUAAUUUACUCAUUUGUUUAAUUUCAACAAAAUAUCCUAUCCAAACAAGAGCAUGACAACACAAAAGAACACAACGCUGUAACAACCAUAUAACUUUUUUUUUUAUUAUUUACUCAUUCGUUUCAUUUCAACAAAAAUAAUAUCCUAAGCAUAAAGCGAUGAAAAUUACCUACACGUUACGUGCACAUGUCGGAAUGUUUAACAUGGUGCUGUAAAUUCUGCUGCAACUGACGCUAUUGAUGUGUCGUUAAUCUGUCGUAAUCACCUCAGGGGUCGCGAUCAAACGGAAAGAAAUUUGAAAGGCUGAUGGAUUUUUAAUUCG